GAACGCGCAUGUGCUAGAUUAGCAACGGCCGGAGGAGCUUUAACUCCACAAUUACUGUGUGAUUUAUGAAGUUUAUGGUUUUCUGAGAUCAUCAUUCGUGUUGACUUAAAGGUUUAAAGAGAAACCAGGUGAAGACUUCCGGUUUAAACGAGUCAUUUUAACACAAUGCCUCACAGGAAGAAGAAAUCGUUCAUCGAUAAGAAAAACGCCGUGUCGUUCCACCUGGUGCACAGGAGUCAGAAAGACCCGCUGGCUGCGGAUGAGAAAGCGCCUCAGCACGUCCUCUUACCUGCCUCGAAGAUUGAGGUGGAGAAGAGGAGGGAGGAGCAGAGGAAGUACGGCGUGUUUUUCGACGAUGAUUACGACUACCUGCAGCACCUCAGAGAGGCGUCUCAACCCGCAGAGCUCGUCUCCGCCUCACGGCCGUACAGCAACUCGCGGCCUCUGGGGUUUGACGAAGAGGAGGAAAUGGACGAGGAUGAGCAGGGCAAGGAAGAGGAGGUCCUCAUGCUUCCUGCCGCCUCCAUCAAGCUCCCGUCGUCGGUGUUUGCCUCCGAGUUUGAGGAAGAAGUCGGUUUGUUAAACAAAGCAGCUCCAGUUUCAGGCCCGAGACUGGACAUGGACCCGGACAUCGUGGCUGCUCUGGAUGAAGACUUUGACUUCGACAACCCUGAGAACAUCCUGGAGGACGACUUUGUCAUUAAAGCUAACGACGUCGUGUCAGGAGGCGGUGACGUGGGUGAAGGUGAUGAUGAUGAAGAGUGGGAGGACACGGACGAGGGAGAUGAUGAUGAUGAUGAGCAGAGCUACGACUCGGCAGGCGGUGUGUCCGACGAGGACGGUGAAGCCGACGUGAGACGGUUCAUGUUCAUGGACUGCGAGACGAAGAGUCGAUUCACGGAUUACUCGCUCACGUCGUCCGUGAUGAGGAGGAACGAGCAGCUCACCCUCCUCGACGACCGCUUCGAGAAGUUCUACGAGCAGUUUGACGAUGAUGAAAUCGGCGCUCUUGAUCACGCAGAGCUGGAAGGAUUCAUCGAUCCGUCGAGUACACGGCUGGAGGAGAUCAUCCACGAUUACUUCAAAGAGAAGGCGAAAGCGGUCCAGACGCCGGAGCAGCUCGGUCGUCCCGAACUGCCCUCCCUGAAGGAUGAAGACGACGAGGAGAAGGAUGAAGAAGAGCAGGAAAUGGAGACGCUCGUCAUUGAGGAGCCUCCUGAGGAGAAAUGGGACUGUGAGACCAUCAUCAGCACAUACUCGAACCUCUACAAUCAUCCGAAGCUGAUAGAAGAGCCACGCAAGCAGAAGCCGAUUCGCGUGUCCAAUAAGACAGGGAUUCCUCUGGACGUGCUGCCUACGAGAGGUCUGACGGCCAGGCAGGUGGAGCGCAUGGAGAGGAUCAACGACUCGGACCUGCCGCGAGUCUCCACACAGCCGCGCUCUCGAGAGGAGAGCAAAGAGGACCGCAAACUCCGGAAACAAGCCAUUAAAGAGGAGAGGAAGGAGCGACGGCUUGAGAAGAAGGCUAAUAAGGUGGCGUUUAAGCAGGAGAAACAGAAGCAAGAGAAGCAGAUGGUGAGCCUGAGGGCUAACGUACAGGGCAUGACGCUCUCCUAAUCUCCAACGGACUUCAACACACGGGACUGAAACUUCCCCAAUCAGAGACCGGUGAUCUGAGUAAAGCAGUGGCUGAGACGGAAGGACAUCGGAAUUUACCGGGGCUUUUUUUUUUUUCUUCCCCUCCCUAGAUUUGUUGGUUUGGCUGAGUCAUAUAUCAAAGUCUGCAGUCAGUUAUUUAUAAUUAACCUGACUGACCUCGUGUCUUAUCGACGUCUUAUCACUUUUUAUUCCCCUGCAAUCUUGUUAAGGAGCAAAGUGCCAUGAAAUCUCAUGUCUAUAAAAGGAAAGGAUUAUUUGGGUGCUGUGAUGGGUGGGGCUCUCGGAUGGGUUUCUAAAAGGUUUGUUAUUGAAACUCGAAUAAACCUGGUCUGUUUUUGUA